AUGUCGAAGAAAAUGUUACAGUUGUUUCUGAGGCGUGGUGGGGGCUUUAUUCAGUCAAUAUGUGUGUGCACAAUGUUAUUUAUUGUUUUAUUUACGAUGAAUGACACUACGAGAUUUGCAAACUUUGCAGCUAAUAUUCAACAAGAAACAUGCUGCAAAGAAAAAAGCUUAAUUCUGUCUGCGCUGUCUUCGAAUGUGAAAAUUCUUCCCGCACCAGAACAAUACCGAGCUUUGAAGUCACUAAGAAAUGUCAGUAGAGAAGUUACUAAACAUGUUAUGAAUUCUGUGACAAAAGCACCUUUCCAAAUGGACAAAUACGCUGAAUGGAUUCCACACCCCCAGCAACAGUUAUCUCCACUUUUGGAUAACCCAUACGUUAUUCAAAAUAGUGACAUUUGUCGAAGGACAAAGAAUUUAGAUGUUGUUGUUCUAAUACAUUCGGCUACUGGCAACUUUAAAAGAAGACAAGGUAUUCGGAGCACAUGGGGCAACAUUAUAAGGCAGGAGGAAAACAACAUGAGAAUUAUUUUUCUUUUGGGCUUAACUGAAAACAAUCACACGCAAAUGAGAAUAGUUAAGGAAAAUGUCAAACACAAUGAUAUUGUGCAAGGCAAUUUUGUUGAUACAUAUCAUAAUUUAACACAUAAGGCAGUACUUGGAUUACGGUGGGUUAAAGAAUUCUGCCCAGGGGAUAGACGUGUUUUGAAAGUUGAUGACGACGUGUUCUUAAAUACUGAAAAAUUGCAUUCUGUUGAAAACAAACAAGAUACCAUAUACUGUUUGCGGCAAAAUGCAAACACGAGUAUUAUACAACGCAUGGAAAACUAUAAGUGGAAGGUUGAUAAAAGUGAAUUUAAGAACCAUAAGUACUUUCCUUUGCCGUACUGUCAUGGUUUCUUCAUCUCUAUGUCUACCAGUAUGGCUUCAAAGCUAUACGAAGCCGCACAUAGUAUGCCAUUUUUCUGGAUAGAUGAUUUCUAUGUGUAUGGAAUGCUUGCUGAUAAAUUAGGUGUCAGUUCUAACAUUGUGGACAUGCAUCAUCUAUUAUCAUUGCAUACGUAUGACUCCUUAAAUUGUUUCGGAAAUGAAAACACGAAGUGUAACCUCCUAGUAGGUAAUGCUCCAAGCAUUGAAUUUAUGCAGUCCAUGUGGGAGAAAAUGCUUAAUCAAAAUAAAGGCGUGUCUGGCAAGAUUCUAUGAAAAUGACCGUCUUUAAAAUUAAGAGUUGUUUGCUAUGUUGAUUUGUUCCUAUUAUGUCCUCCGUAUGUACAUUUUGGGAAAUGCAGGUCCUCAUGUUUUAAUAGAAGGGUUAGACUUUACUUUACCAUCAAGUUUCUGCUAAUACUGUAUCAUUUCAAUCGGGACAUUUAGGCCGGAAAUUUAAGUAACCCAACUGAGACUAUAAAAUUUGCUCCACUCACAGACGGACAAAAUGUUUCCUGUUGAUAUAACUGUUGGUGUCGUUCAUUCAGAAGCUACCUGUUGUGUUUCUUUUCUCUUUUUUUUGAUGCUGUUUUUCUUUUUCUUUCUUUUUUUUGUGGGGAGGGGGGGCUUAUACUGUUUAACUGUUGUUGUUGUUGUUGUUGUUGUUGUUGUUUGUGUG